AUGUGCAUAGCUGCUUUCCUGUGGCAAGGUCACCCGCUCUACCCUUUGCUGCUCUUGCACAACAGAGAUGAAUACCACAGCAGGCCAACAAGACCAGUGGAGUGGUGGGGAGGAAGCGAGGAAAUGGAUGUUCUAGGCGGGAGGGAUGAUAUGGCAGGAGGGACAUGGCUGGCCUGUUCAAGAGGAGGGAAAGUGGCAUUUCUCACCAAUGUUCUAGAGCUUCAUCCUGACCCUGACGCCAAAACCCGUGGGGAGCUCCCUGUUCUUUUCCUGCAGAGCUGCAAGAGUCCAAGGGAGUUUGCAGAGGGAGUGGCGAAGGAGGCUCACCUCUACAACGGGUUCAACCUGAUUCUCUCAGACAUUUCGUCGAACACCAUGAUGUAUAUCUCCAAUAGACCAGAAGGCGAUGCUGUGGUGGUCCGGGACGUUUCCCCCGGCCUCCAUGUCCUCUCCAAUGAGAAGCUCGACUCGCCCUGGCCCAAGGCGCUGAAGCUGGGGAUGGGCUUCAAAGAACAGCUAUUGAAUUAUGGAGAAGGGGAAGUUGAUCUGAAAGAGAUGGCGAAGAAGCUAAUGAGGGACAGAGUGAAAGCUGACGAGAACAGGCUGCCUGGCAUUUGUGAUGUGGAAUGGGAGUUGGGUUUAAGCUCCAUUUUUGUGGAAGUUGACACCCCGCUGGGACGGUGUGGCACAAGGAGCACCAUUGCUCUGUCUGUGGGGAGAAAUGGAGAAGUUACAUUUGACGAGACCUACCUUGAAGAUGGAACUUGGAAGGAGAAAACCAUUAGUUACUGGAUCCAGAAGCUGAAGCUCAGCAAUGACAAGAAAUGA